UCGUGGUCACGGCCAUCACCACACCACACCACCGCCUCCCGUCUUCCACAGCCACUCCUCCCACCGGAGAAUGCCCACCUCUCCCUAAACCCCACCGCCCCCGCACCCCCAUGGCGGCCGCCGCCUCCCUCUCCCUCUCCCUCUCCCUCCGCCUCGCCCCGCCUCCCCUUCACCACCACCGCCGUCGCAGCAGCACGCCCCCUCGCCACGCCCCUUUCCUCCACCUCCUCCUCCCCCCGUCUUCACCCCACCACCACCUCCGCCUCCGCGGCUGGCCCACGCCGUGGCGCCGCGACGUGAGGGCGCGGGCCGGGACCAUCCGGGCGCCGGGGCUCGCGCGCCCCGGCGGCGCCGUGGAGACCGACCGCCUCCCCUCCGGCGUGCGCAACCGCGCCAUGGAGGCCGUCGAUCACUUCGGCGGCCGCGUCACCAUCGGCGACGUCGCGUCCCGCGCCGGCCUACAGCUCGCGCAGGCCGAGCGCGCGCUGCAGGCCCUUGCUGCCGACACUGGCGGCUUCCUGGAGGUAUCCGAGGAAGGGGAGGUGCUAUACGUCUUCCCCAAAGACUACAGGGCCAAGCUUGCUGGCAAGUCAUUCAGAAUGCGGGUCGAGCCACUGAUCGACAAAACUAAGGAAGUGGGUGCGUAUUUGGUGCGAGUGUCAUUUGGGACGGCACUCAUUGCCUCCAUUGUGCUUGUAUACACUACAAUCAUUGCCAUUAUCUCAAGCUCGAGUGAUGAAAAUAAUCGUGGCAGGCGGCGGAGAUCCUAUGAUUCUACAAUCAUCAUACCUACAGAUUUAUUUUGGUACUUGGAUGCAGAUUAUUAUAGAAGGCGGCGGCGGGUAGAAAAGGAAGAUGGGAUGAACUUUAUUGAAUCUAUCUUUUCAUUUGUAUUUGGGGAUGGUGAUCCAAAUGAUGGUCUUGAAGAUAAGAGGUGGAAGAUGAUUGGGCAAUAUAUUUCAUCGAAUGGUGGAGUUGUUACGGCAGAAGAACUAGCACCAUAUCUUGAUGUGCCACCACUUUCAGAACUAUCCAAGGAUGAUGAAUCAUUUAUUCUUCCAGUUCUAUUACGCUUCCAGGGACAUCCAGAAGUUGAUGAACAGGGGAACAUUCUCUACCGAUUUCCAUCACUGCAACGUACUGCUUCGUCAAAAGGAAGUGGGGUUAGAGAAUAUGUUGGUAACAAAUGGUCUGCAAUGUUUAGUGGUGUUGAAAAGUACUUAGAGGAGAAACCAUGGAAAUUCAGUAAAGCAAAUGCAUCAGAAAGGGCAAUGGUUGCUGGUUUGGGAGGACUCAAUCUUUUUGGUGUGAUCAUUCUUGGAAACCUGUUGAAGCAAAUGACAGUACCACCUGCUGGACUUAUCUCAUUUGCUGCGCAAUUAUUUCCAUUGCUUCAGAUAUAUGCCGGUUCCUUUUUUGCAAUACCAUUGUUUAGAUGGUUUCUACUCCGCAAGACGAACAAUGACAUUGAAAGGAGGAACAAGGCUAGAGAACAGCGAGCUCAGGAACUUGCGUUGCCAGAACCUUCUCUCAGAAGAAAGUUACUCAGUGCACGUGACAUGGCUCAACUUAAAGUGAUUACUCCAGAGGAGAUCGUCUAUACUACCGAAAAGGAUUUUUCGGAUCAGGAUUAUGAAGUCAAGGAAUGGGAAAGGAGAUUUAAGGAGCUUGAAUCGGACUGAUGAAAAUGAUCUUAUACUUGGCGUUCAUACUGCCCAUUAUGAUCCUUUGGCCUGCUUGGAUGGUCAUUUUUAUCGGCAUCCAAUUGAGUGAUGGGUAUAUCUUACUAAACCAUUAAAUCAUGGGCACAACGGCUAACUGGAUUGGAUGGUUCUGACACCCACGGAUAGGCACGGAACUAUUCGACCUUGGAUUCUUUUGUGUGAACUAUUGGUCAUUUUACAUUGAUCAAAGGUCUUCAGCUGCUGUACAUAUCGGUAACGUUUAGCGGCAUAUUUGUAUAGGUGGUUCAGUGCACACAGGAUCAGUGAACAAAUGUUCAAAUUCGACAGGGGAACCAGGGACCAUUCUUUAUGGAUGGAAGGACAACAGGAAAAAGUAAAAGAUUAUGCCAUUACUGGGGCAUCAGACUUGUCAUUCUGGUUCUGGAUUGCUGACACUUUACUGGUAGUGGUCAUGUACAAUUUUAUGCUUUACACAGGCCUGCUAGAACAUUCAGGGGGGGGGGGGGGGAAUCAAUU